AUGGGCUGGUGGCUUUAUUCACUAUGGGAUAUUCUUCCUGUACCAAUUCUUCUUGGAAUGUUCAUAUGGACUUUUUCAAUGUGUCUUUUUUCCGUAUUUCUACUUGUGAUUGUUAUCCUACUUCAUGAACGUGCAACGCCAAUAGCUCAAUUAGUAUCUGUACGAAAAGAUCUCUCGUUGGAUGAAACAAUCCCAAAAGGAGGAUUUAGUUGCGACAGUUUAUCCUUAUUGUCACUUCAAACGACACAAAAUGAUAAUGAAGAUCCGAUCAGUUCAUUUUAUUUACGCAAUUGUAACUGCAUAAAAGAGAAUGAAAAGAUGCACUCAUUGCCAUCGAUUAAAUUACGUCCAUCGAUCAAUCAGGAAAAGCAAGUUAGUACUUUGCCAGCACAAUUGUCAACGCGUCGUUCAAUAAUCAGAGAUUUAACUUCGGUAUCGAACUCAUUCACUGAGAAAAAAACUCAUCAAUCGAUCGAUUCACUUUUCAGCAAAGACUCUCUUAUCGAAUGA